AUGGCUGAAUCACGCUCAACCAUUAUUGUUACAAGGGCAAGAGGAAAUUCCGAGGCAACUCCUAUGGAUAUAGAGAAUCUCCCGUCUGGAGCGUCUGGACGAGAAAAGUACAAGUCUGGAGCCUUUAAAAUUGAGGGAACAGUUGAAGAUGAUGAUGAGGAAAAUGAAGAACUUGUGCCAACACUCAUUCAUGAUGUUGCUAAGAUAGAGGCUGUAAAACCCAUUGCAACCAAGGAUAAAACUGUUGCCAAGCCUGAAACAUCUUCCAAGCAAAAGGUGAACACUGUUGAACCAAUAAAGGAUAGCUCUGAUGAAUCUAAUGAUGACUCUGAUAAGGAUAUGGAGGGUGAUUCUGAUGACUCUGAUGAUGAAGAGGAAACCCAACUCCCAAGAAAAUGGAAAAAGGUAGCUCAUGUAACUACUCCUCAUCCCGUAAAGUAA